UUACUUCACAUAUAUAAAUGUUACUGAGUGGAUGGUGCAAGGUCAAUGUGCCUCCACGCCUGCUGUUAUUCACACGUCUGUAGCUAAACACGACUAAUGUCUUCUUGAAUGGCAGUGUUUACUACUACUUUGUUUAGUUGUACUUGCUUGUCAAUCAAAACCUCUGACUAUGGCACUGAGGCUGCUGAGGGCUAGUCUCACGCGCUUGUGACUCCUGUAUGCAGCUCAAGUUUUUCAACUGCGGAAGAGAAACGUGCCGGAUUUGAUGAGUUGAGGAAAGUGCAGGUUGGAAAGUUGAGAUCAUGGCAGCAGAUAUUUUGCUAAUGAGAAGACUGACCACACUGAGACAAGUGACAUAUCAGAGUCACAUUCUGAAUGUGCAGAGGAGAGAACGCCACAAUCCUCAGAAAGAACAGGAGUAUAGCUGCACUGAGAGAACUGUUUCAACAGGUGUUUUAAAAUCAGUCUAUAGUUUUCCUCACAUUGGCACAGGACUGAAUAGUGCUGAGUAUGUCAGGGCUCUUAAUGCUCUGAAUGCUCUGAAGGCCAGUGCAGAGGGCAACAGAGCGAUCAACAAUUAUAGCCAUAAAUGUUUGGGGAAACCCAGAUGCAAGUUAUUUCGAGGGCUCACACAACCACAACUGCCAAGCUACAGCCAGACCUGUUCAUUCCAUCAAGAUCAUUGGCGCUGGAGUGAUGCGAAAAAAGAAGGACCUGACACAUCCAAGAAACACAAGCAGAUGCUCAGUGAGAGCUCUCGUGAGCGCAAAGUACCAGUUACAAGGCUGGGACGUUUGGCAAAUUUUGGGGGCUUGGCAGUUGGACUGGGAUUGGGAGCUAUUGCAGAAGUGGCAAAGAAGAGCCUGAGAUCAGAUGAGAAAAAAGGGAAUAAAAAAGCUGUCCUUGAUUCAAACCCAUUUAUCUCUGAGGCUAAUGCCGAGCGAGUUGUUCGGACUCUGUGUAAAGUCAGAGGAGCUGCUCUUAAACUUGGGCAAAUGCUUAGCAUCCAAGAUGAUGCUUUCAUCAAUCCUCAGCUGGCAAAGAUCUUUGACCGUGUUCGACAGAGUGCCGACUUCAUGCCCACCAAGCAAAUGAUGAAAGCAGUGAGCAAUGACUUGGGCCCAAACUGGCGUGAUCAGUUGGAGUUCUUUGAAGAGAAGCCUUUUGCUGCUGCCUCGAUUGGUCAGGUGCACCUGGCUAGGACGAAGGAUGGCAGAGAGGUGGCUAUGAAGAUCCAGUACCCUGGAGUAGCCAAAAGCAUCAGCAGCGAUGUCAAUAACCUAAUGGCUGUCCUCAGUAUGAGUAAUGCAUUACCUGAAGGUCUGUUUCCAGAGCACUUGAUAGAAGUUAUGAGCAGGGAACUUGUUCUAGAGUGUGAUUACGUGAGGGAAGCCAAAUGUGCCAAAAAAUUCCAAGAGUUAUUGAAGGAUCACCCUUUCUUCUAUGUGCCAAAUGUAGUGGAUGAACUAAGCAGCCAGCAUGUCCUCACUACAGAGCUGGUGUCUGGUUUCCCUCUGGAUAAAGCUGAUGACCUGCCACAGGAACUCAAGAAUGAGAUCUGUGAGCAGAUUUUGAUUCUUUGCUUGAGAGAGGUUUUUGAGUUCAGAUAUAUGCAGACUGACCCGAACUGGUCUAAUUUCUUCUUUGACCCUCAAAAGCACAAGGUUGCACUGUUGGAUUUUGGAGCCACAAGGGGUUUUGAUGCAAGUUUUACAGAUGUGUAUAUUGAGAUCAUCAAGGCUGCAGCAGACAGAAACAGAGAAGGGGUUUUACAACAAUCAAUUGCUAUGAAAUUUCUGACAGGAUAUGAGUCAAAGGCAAUGAUGAAUGCCCAUGUGGAUGCAGUGAUGAUCCUCGGGGAGGCGUUUGCCUCAGAAGAGCCCUUUGACUUUGGCACUCAGAGUACGACAGAGCGGAUCCACAGCCUCAUCCCUGUCAUGCUAAAGCAGCGACUCACCCCUCCUCCAGAAGAGACCUACUCUCUGCACCGCAAGAUGGGAGGUUCAUUUCUUAUCUGUUCCCGCCUCAAAGCCAAGCUGAGCUGUAAGAACAUGUUUCAGGAGGCCUAUGCCAAAUAUUGGCGAGAGCGACAACUACAAACUGCCCAGUAAGCAGUUUUGUAAGAAAUGCAUAGGGUGUGUGGAAAGCCAGACUAAAACUAGGAUCUUAAAAAAAAAAAAAAAAUUAUGGCACUUCUAAAUGCACAACUGUGCCCUUUUACUUUAUCUGCAGAACAGAACAGAUUUGAAGGAUAUUGUCUGACAAAUUGACAAAUUUAGAACAUUUAUACCUUUAUGUAAAGAUAUGAUGUAUGAUGUGAAUAUUGUAGGCUUUUCUGUAAUGAAAUGUUUCAAAUGAGACACUAUGGGAAAUAUUAUACAUGAGAACAUUAUGAUGUAAUGUGCAUCUUGAGUAACUGUCUGAAUGUCUUCUGAAUGGCAUGAAGUAAAAGGUAAUGAAUUUGCAGAA